GAAAAUCGAUUGAACAAUUGUAAUUAGUCACACCGGACUACGAGGGUCUUAGACACGGUAGCAAAAAUUCACUAAAAAUAAGGACUUCGAUUUUGUAGAGAGAAAUGGAGUCACCAUACGCCCCGUUGAGUGAAAGCUGCGCCAAGGCGCUAGCAGAUAAAGCUUAUGAAAAGCGUAAAGUCGCCUCACAAGAAAUAGAAAAAAUGGUGACAGAAUUCAAUAUAAAAAAGAACUCCAUUCAAAUACGUAAGCUAAUAGAGGUACUUUCUAAUGAUUUCGCUACAUCACGAGACCCCAAUCGACGUAAAGGUGGCUUAAUAGGAUUAGCAGCCACCAGUCUUGGAUUGGGAAAAGACUCAGAACGGUAUGUAGGUGAAUUGGUCACACCUAUUCUAAACUGUCUUAGUGACCCGGAUGUACGAGUUCGUUAUUUCGCUUGUGAAUCUUUAUACAAUGUAGUUAAAGUAGCCAGAGCUGCUAUCAUACCUUUCUUUCCAGAAUUAUUUUCCGCUCUUUCACGAUUGGUGGCAGAUUCUGACCAAAUGGUAAAGGAUGGCAGUGAAUUGCUCGAUCGACUGUUAAAGGAUAUUGUCACAGAAUCUUCCCAAACUUUCAAUUUGGAAGCAUUUAUACCACUACUUAAAGAACGUAUUUACGUAAAGAACUCAUUCGCUAGACAAUAUGUUAUAUCGUGGAUAUCAAUCUUGAACGCAGUUCCCGAAAUAAAUAUGGUGAUUUAUUUAACGGACAUUUUAGAUGGACUUUUUACAAUGCUAGAAGACAACACUCUGGAAAUUCAACGAAUGUGUGAAACUACUCUGAGCCAGUUUUUAAAGUCAAUUCGAACUGACUCUUCUCUCGUGCGAAUGGAAGAUACAAUAAACAUUCUAAUCAUUCACGCACAAUCACCAAAUGAACUAAUCAAAUCAAUUGCUAUAACUUGGAUACGAGAAUUUGUGCAAAUAUUUGGACCAAAUGUCUUGCCUUAUGCUAGUGGAAUAUUUACAGCAAUUUUACCAUGCCUGGAGUACAAUGCUGAAUCUAAAAAGAAUAUUAAAGAAUGUGCCGUCUCUGUGAACAGCUCGAUAAUGUUACUAAUUUCAUCUAAAGAGCACAAAUCUCAAAACAUUGAGAAAAUUGAUCUACGUUCGGUAAUGGAAGUAUUAUCCCAAUAUUUGACGCAUAACUCGGUGCACACAAAAGUGGCCGUGCUAAAAUGGAUUCACCAUUUAUUUACACAUUUUCCAAAUGAGAUGUCGCCACAUGCAAACAAUUUAAGUGCCAACCUACUAAGUAUAUUAUCCGACAAUUCCGACGAGGUUGUGCUGCAGUGCUUGUCAGUACUGGCAGAAAUUUUAAACUCAACAUAUAGUAAAGAAUCUAGUGACUUUAACAAAGUACACUACCGCAAAUUCCUACUGAGUCUAAUCAACCUAUUUGGCGAGGAAAAGAAGUUUUUGGAUAAUCGCGCCAGCCUUAUAAUAAGGCAAUUAUGCGUAUUACUAAAUGCAGAGUAUAUCUAUCGUACUUUCGCGGAAAUUAUUGAUGAAGAAGUUAUUAAAUUUGCCUCAACAAUGGUACGCUUACUUAACAUGAUAUUACUAACAUCUCCGGAACUCUUUGAACUGCGCAAUUCCCUGCGAGAUAUUACAAAUGAACACUCAGCCAAUUUAUUUAAAUGCCUUUAUAUGAGUUGGGCGCACUGCCCUGUUUCGACACUCUCUCUAUGCCUGCUAGCGCAAAGUUACCAGCACGUUUCACAGCUUGUGGCAUUAUUUGGUGAUGUAGAGAUUACUUUGGAACUACUGAACGAAUUAGACAAACUGGUCCAACUUAUUGAAUCACCGAUUUUUGCGCCCUUACGCCUAACUUUAGUAUCGAAAGCAAAUAACUGUGCAGAUGCGCAGCACUUAGCACACGCGCUAUUUGGAAUUCUUAUGCUUUUGCCUCAGACAGAUGCUUUCAACUUAUUAAAGAAUCGUUUGCAAUGUGUACCAAAUUAUUGGGGUCAAACGCCGAUCGAGGAAAGAAAUUCCCUGCAGUAUAAAAGCAACAUUAAAUUUGAAGAUCUGCUACAGCAUUUUAAGAAAGUCCAAAAAUGUCAGCGCGCGUUACGAAUUCAACAGAGACGAAAUAUUAUCCUACCUGAAGAGAAUUAACACAAAUAUAUUAAUAUGUAUGCACAUAGAUAUAGUAAAUUUAUUACUCCUUAAGAUAAUACUUUUAUAAAACAUAUACUUAUACAAUAUAAAUAUUGUACGUACAUGUGUACAUUAGCGUGGUCCAAAAACGCGUGUGAAAAAGUAAGGUCGGAAUUUUAUGCUCUCAUCCCCUAGGAUUGUUCUAUACCGAAAAAAAUAUACCCCUAUUU